AUGCCACCGCAGACCUUCUUCCUCGUAUCGCUGCCCACCUCGAUAUCUCCCUCCGGCGAACGAGAUGAAGCUCUGACCGCAUUACGUGCUGGUGUCUCCAACGACCAGGGCACCACAUAUCCCUUCGCGAUUCCCGAAUUCAAGGUCGGCACACUUGAUGGCCUGGUACAGCAGGCAGAUGAGCUGGCCAAGCUAGAUGCUGGGUGCCGAGGUGUUGUGGACAAGGUGGCAGACUCGUUACGAUCACUGCUAGACGGAGACGAGGAGAAGUUGCAAGAGCAGAAGGUUGUGAGCGACAGUACGUGCCAGGGCGUCGAGACCUAAUCACAGGAUUUCAUGAGCUGAGACGAUUUUGCAGAGCCUGUGGAAAACUACCUCCAAUCCUUCCAGUGGAACAAAGUGAAAUAUCGCGCGGACAAACCCAUUUCUGAGCUCAUCGAUACCCUUCAAAAGGAGGUUGCUGCUGUGGACAACGACGUCAAGGCAAAGUUCAACCAGUACAAUGCCACGAAGACCAACCUCGCCUCUGUACAGCGCAGUCAUACCGGCAACCUCUCGCAGAAGUCCCUAUCUGCUAUUGUAAACCCCGAUGCUGUCCUGAAACCGGACGAUUCAGAGUAUCUGCAACAGCAUCUCGUCGCCGUUCCGAACACCCUUAACAAAGAUUUCCUCAAGACUUACGAGUCGAUAGCGCCCAUGGUAGUCCCGCGAUCGGCGCAGCUACUUGCCAAAGACGAUGAGUUCCAGCUUUACGUGGUGACAGUGUUCAAGAAACAUAGCGCAGAGUUUGUGCACAAGGCCAGAGAGCACAGAUGGACGCCGCGAGACAUCGAGUUUACCGAGGGUGGCAGAGAAGCGGAGGAGCAAGAGUUGAAGAAAUUGGAGAAGGAGGAGAGGAGGAUAUGGGGCGAGGCGCUGCGUCUGGGCAGGGCGGGCUACAGCGAUGCAGUAAUGGGCUGGAUACACGUUCUUACGUUGCGAGUGUUUGUGGAGACGGUACUUCGAUACGGACUUCCACUGGCAUUUGUCUGCGGACUGGUCAAGGUAGGGUUCUUCAACAGCGCUGAAACCUUUUACGUACUGACUCUCUUCGUAGACGGAUCCUAAGCGCGCGAAAAAGGCCAAGGCCUCUCUCGACUCUCGCUUUUCAGACCUGGGAGGCAACGCGCUGAGCAAGGACAAAAAGGGACGCCCAAAGCAAGAUGAUAGCCAUACGCAACAGGAAAUGGCCGGCGCGGGUCUUGGUGGCGACACUGGGUACGAACCGUAUGUAUUCUAUGAGUUCGAGAUAAUAUAG